CGAUUAGCAUAGGUCAGUCCAAAGAAAACCUCGAACCAAACCUCGAAAACCAAGAUGAACUUCCUGCAUUUAUUCGCCCUCUUCUUCCUCCUUUGCCUGGUCAGCCACUGCAGUGGCGCUUCUGUGGGCAAACCCACGGGACAACCAGGCUGCCAGACCGAGCAGGAGAUCACGGUGGCCACAUAUCCCCACUUCUAUCUGAAGAACUCCUACUGGAUCUGCACCACUCAGGGUGUACCCGCCACACUGGCUGCCUGCCCAAUCCCCUCCGCCUGGCUGGAUGCUGCCAAGAGCUGCGUACCCUGGUCCGAUUGGUACUGGACGCCCACAGUCCAGCCUCCCAGCGAGCCCCUAGCCACGGCCUAGGACUACACGGAUACAGAAAACAAUAUUAAAAUGAAUCUUAAAUUAAUAAAGUGCAGAUGCAAAAAGCGAAAAACUGCCCUGUUGCCGAGGGAA